CCGCCGAGGGAGCGGCGGGGCCGGCGCCAUGGCCGAGCGGGGCCGCCUGGGCCUGGCCGGCGCGCCCGCCGCGCUCAACACGCCGGUGCCCAUGAACCUGUUCGCCACCUGGGAGGUGGACGGCUCCAGCCCCAGCUGCGUGCCCAGGUUGUGCAGCCUGACCUUGAAGAAGCUGGUGGUCUUCAAGGAGCUGGAGAAGGAGCUCAUCUCGGUGGUGAUUGCUGUCAAGAUGCAGGGCUCCAAGCGGAUCCUGCGGUCCCACGAGAUCGUGCUGCCCCCCAGUGGACAAGUGGAAACUGACCUGGCGCUGACGUUCUCCCUGCAGUACCCCCACUUCUUGAAAAGAGAAGGCAACAAGCUUCAGAUCAUGUUGCAGCGAAGAAAGCGGUACAAGAACCGGACGAUCCUGGGCUACAAAACGCUGGCGGCUGGUUCCAUCAACAUGGCCGAGGUGAUGCAGCAGCCGUCGGAGGGCGGCCAGGUGCUGAGCCUCUGCAGCAACAUCAAGGAGGCCGCGGUCAAGGUGGCCGAGAUCUGGAUCUUCUCCCUGUCCAGCCAGCCUAUCGACCACGAGGACAGCACCAUGCAGGCCGGCCCCAAGGCCAAGUCCACCGAUAACUACUCCGAGGAGGAGUACGAGAGCUUCUCCUCCGAGCAGGAAGCCAGCGACGACGCCGUGCAGGGGCAGGAUUUGGACGAGGAUGACUUCGACGUGGGGAAGCCCAAGAAGCAACGGCGAUCGAUAGUAAGAACGACGUCCAUGACCAGGCAACAGAACUUCAAGCAGAAGGUCGUGGCCCUGCUGCGGAGAUUUAAAGUUUCCGACGAGGUCCUGGACUCGGAGCAGGACCCUGCAGAGCAUGUCCCCGAGGUGGAGGAGGACCUGGACCUUCUGUACGACACGCUGGACAUGGAGAACCCCAGUGACAGCGGCCCCGACAUGGAGGACGACGACAGCGUCCUCAGCACCCCCAAGCCAAAGCUCAGGCCGUACUUCGAAGGCUUGUCCCACUCCAGCUCGCAGACAGAGAUCGGGAGUAUCCACAGUGCCCGGAGCCAGAAGGAGCCUCCGAGUCCGGCUGACGUGCCUGAGAAGACGCGGGCCCUCGGAGGGAAGCAGCCAAGUGACAGCAUCUCCGAUUCCGUGGCCCAUAGCGCGCCCACCCCGGGGGAGCAGCCAGCCCCGCCCGAGGACAGCCCGGAGGUGGAGCCCUCUGCCCUGGACACGUUCACCGAGAAGCUGCCACCCAGCGGGCGGAUCACCAAGACAGAGUCUCUGGUCAUUCCCUCCACCAGGGCCGAGGGGAAGCAGGCCGGCCGCCGGGGCCGGAGCACGUCGCUGAAGGAGCGGCAGCCGGCGCGUCCGCAGAACGAGCGGGCCAACAGCCUGGACAACGAGCGCUGCCCGGACACUCGGAGCCAGCUGCAGAUCCCCAGGAAGACUGUGUAUGACCAGUUAAACCACAUCCUCAUCUCAGAUGACCAGCUCCCCGAAAACAUCAUUCUUGUCAACACCUCGGACUGGCAGGGGCAGUUCCUCUCAGACGUCCUGCAGCGGCACACGCUCCCCGUGGUGUGCACGUGCUCUGCUGCCGACGUCCAGGCGGCCUUCAGCACCAUCGUCUCUCGGAUACAGAGAUACUGCAACUGCAAUUCCCAGCCGCCGACCCCCGUGAAGAUCGCCGUGGCGGGAGCGCAGCAUUACCUCAGCGCCAUUCUGCGGCUCUUCGUGGAGCAGCUGUCCCACAAGACCCCCGACUGGCUGGGCUACAUGCGCUUCCUCGUCAUCCCGCUGGGCUCCCACCCGGUGGCCAGAUACCUGGGCUCCGUGGACUACAGGUACAACAACUUCUUCCAGGAUCUGACCUGGAGAGACCUAUUCAACAAGCUGGAGGCCCAGAGCGCCGUGCAGGACACGCCGGACAUUGUGUCGAGGAUCACGCAGUACAUCUCAGGGGCCAACUGCGCCCACCAGCUGCCCAUCGCGGAGGCCAUGCUGACCUACAAGCAGAAGAGGAGAAAGAACUUUCAUUUUGACUUUACUCUCAGCCCCGACGAAGAGUCCUCUCAGAAGUUCAUUCCCUUCGUAGGGGUGGUGAAGGUUGGAAUAGUGGAGCCAUCUUCGGCCACUUCAGCCCACAGCUGCCUGGCCUCCCUGCCAUGUCUGGGUCCAGAGGGCUUGGGGCAGAGCAGCGCGGGAGCUCAGCACUGGCCCCCGACUCCUUCCCAAGGUGACUCAGAUGACGCGGCCCCCUCGGGCUCCAGCGCACUCUCGUCCACCCCGCCGUCCACAUCUCCCGCGGCCAAGGAGGCCUCACCCACCCCGCCCUCCUCCCCGUCGGUGAGCGGGGGCCUGUCCUCCCCCAGCCAGGGCGUCGGCGCCGAGCUGAUGGGGCUGCAGGUGGAUUACUGGACGGCAGCCCAGCCCGCAGACAGGAAGAGAGAUGCGGAGAGGAAGGACCCGCCCACCACCAAAAACACACUCAAGUGCACCUUCCGGUCUCUCCAGGUCAGCAGGCUGCCCAGCAGCGGCGAGGCUGCGGCCACGCCCACCAUGUCCAUGACCGUGGUCACCAAGGAGAAGAACAAGAAGGUGAUGUUUUUGCCCAAGAAAACCAAGGACAAGGAUGUAGAGUCCAAAAGCCAGUGCAUCGAGGGCAUCAGCCGCCUCAUCUGCACCGCCAAGCAUCAGCAGAACAUGCUGCGGGUCCUCAUCGACGGUGUGGAGUGGAACGACGUCAAGUUCUUCCAGCUGGCGGCCCAGUGGUCCUCCCACGUCAAGCACUUCCCCAUCUGCAUCUUCGGACACUCCAAGUCCACCUUUUAGCCCCGCCUGCCAAGGGGCCGCGCCGGCUCCCCGCCCUGCAGCCCUGCGAUGGCCGAGCGCCGGGAGGGCCCAGCUGCUUUUCUGUUAACAUUUCAGUUUACUGCAGAGACAGACCCUUAAAAACCCAGAGAAAAACAGUCUUAAGUAUGAACAUGCUCACUACCUGGAAACUAACGGGGCAGCCCCCCACCGGGACCCCACAACUGCUCUGCUUCUUAACCAGAACGUUCGGCAGGGGUGGGAGGUCAGGCGGACAGUGUUGAACUUGAGAAUCGUGGAAGGUGUGUUGUGGCCUCAGGACUCCCCCCACCCAGCCCCCCAACAAGAAAGGUUCUUGCCUUUGCGUCCUGUCCUUCCUGAAAGCCAGGACUCUGCUUCCU